GAGAAUGGCGAAAUCGGCAUAUUUGACGGAUAAUGCAUUUUCUGAGCGGAAUAUUGUAUGUUAUGAUCACUCAGACGUUAUUUCAAAUGGCUAUAAAGUUCGUAAUCCUUUAAGAUUUCCUGCACCUCUUAUGGUAUUUCAGCUGUCCAUUAUCUCAUUAACAUCCCUCAUCAUUGGUGUCGGACUUAAGCCUUUGGGUCAACCUAUCCUUGUUGCACAAGUUCUUGGUGGUAUAUUGUUUGGACCAUCAGCAUUGGGACGUUCAGAAGUAUUGAGAGAAACAAUAUUCCCUCCACGAGGCGUUAUGGCAUUAGAAACUGCAGCAACAUUUGGUGUUUUCUUCAAUCUUUUUGCUAUAGGAGUUGAGUGUGACUCGAAAAGGAUGUUCAGGCCAGGGAAAAAAGCAGUUAUCAUAGGCAUCUCUGUAUUGUUUUCAUCACUUAUAUCGAAUUUGGGAAUGGCAACACUUAUGCAAAGUUUCAUCACUAUGGAUCCUCCUCUUGCAAAGGCUCUACCUGUUGUAGCAAUUUCACAAUGCAUUGUUGGUUUUCCUAACGUAUGUUCCCUUUUGAAAGAAAUGCAAAUGCUCAACACUGACCAAGGCCGUUUAGCGACUACUUCAGCUAUGUUCUGUGAUGUAAUUGGAUUCACUAUGGGUGCAGUAGGUUUUAUAAAAUUACAGGUGGAGAAAGAACAUUCUAUCCCGCGGAAAAUGGGUUCAGGUCUCUCUCCUUUGAUCCUUGUCAUAUUCACAAUUUAUUUCGUUAGGCCUGCAAUUAAGAAGACAUUAAAACAAAGACCGGAUGGGAAACCUGUUGGGGAAAACUACUUUGUAUGCAUUUUGAUAAUUGUAUUGACGUACAUAUUUGCUGCUGAGACGAUUGGGCAACACUUCCUCUUCGGAGCACUUUUAUUAGGCAUGGCGAUUCCUGAAGGCCCGCCUUUAGGGGCAGCUUUGAUCAACAAACUUCAUUAUCCAAUUGGCAAGCUUUUGUACCCAGUUUUUCUCACUACAAGUGGACUCAAAACAGAUGUUUUCACCAUUCAUUUUAAGUCCCUAUGGGUUAUCAGCCUUCUAGUUCUCUUUUCAGUCCUAAUCAAGAUCGCAGUAAUGAUUAUCAUAACUCGUUUCACCGGCUUAACCGUUCAUGACUCUGUCAUUGUUGGUCUCAUGUUGAAUUCUAAAGGCAUCUGUGAUGUUGUUUUCUUUAACUUAUGGAGAAUUUCAGAGGCCCUGACAGAUGAACACUUUGCAGUGGUUAUCAUUAUCUCAGUUAUUUUAGUUACGGUGAUCAUCACACCGCUAUUAAAAUACCUCCUUGGUUCAAUCGAAGAACAAACUCCAACAAAGAGAAGGACCCUUCAGCACUCAAAGCCGGACACAGAGCUAAGGAUACUGGUCUGUGUUCACCAUCUACAAAGUGUACCAACUAUGGUCAACUUACUUGAAGCAUCCAAUGCAACAGAACAGAGCCCCAUAGGAGUCAUAGGUCUCGUACUCAUUGAGCUCGUGGGUCGAGCUGCUCCCCUUCUUAUCACUCAUAAUCAUACCCAGGGAGAAAUCCCUGAGGAUGCUUCAAUAUCAUUGCAAAUCAUCAACGCACUCAGACAAUAUGAGCUUGCUUAUGAAACUUGUGUCACACUUCAACCAUUCACUGACAUCACGCAUUUUGAUCUAAUGCAUGAAGACAUUUGUCGCCUUUCACUGGACCAGAACGCCACAUUUUUGAUCCUACCAUUUCACAAGCAUUGGGAAAUUGAUGGUUCCAUUGGAACAUCAAGUCGUGCCAUACAAAAUAUCAACUCCAAAGUCAUCAAGAAAGCACCUUGUUCUUUAGGGAUACUAGUCGAUCGUGGAAUCCUAAAGGGAUCCAUGGCUAUACUAAACAAUCAGAAGGGGUACCAUGUUGCAGUGAUUUACAUUGGAGGUCCAGAUGAUGCAGAAUCACUAGCCUAUGGUGCUCGACUGGCGAGACACCCAAAUGUCUCAGUAACACUUAUCCGUUUUCUUAUGUUUGGUUAUGACAAUGCCAGAGAAAGAAAGGUAGACAAUAGCCUGAUUGAAGCAGUUCGCUAUGAGAACUCAAUGAAUGAGAAUUUCAUAUAUGAAGAACGCGUUACAAGAGAUGGGGUUGGGCUAUCUGCUUCACUUAGAAGCUUAGAAGAUAGAUAUGAUUUAAUUGUUGUAGGAAGGUACCAUGAAGAGUCACCUUUGCUGGUGGGUCUUGGGGAGUGGAGUGAAUGUCCUGAACUUGGUGUAGUCGGAGAUUUCUUGGCUUCGCCGGAUGUAGGGAUCAUAGCUUCAGUUCUAGUGGUGCAGCAGCAGAAAGUUAGAGGAAAGUUGUUGAAUAGAGCAGCAAAACCAGUAGUAGUUAACAAUCAAGAUGGCGGUCCAUAUCCAGAAAUGAAUAAUCAUAAUCAUAAUAACAAUGGGAUGUCAACACCAACAACCGUCUCUAAUGAUCAUCCAAGAUGGGAAAUCACUAUAGAUAGAGCUAAUUAGUUUUUGCAUC